AAUAGAACCAGCCUUUGAUCGUCUUAACGUGAAUGACGGUUACUCUCCAUCUUUCUCGUACAAAAUUGAAUCAGAAGGUGAGAUCUUGCUAGAUACUAAAUUUGCUGAAGAGUUACACUUCCAAGGGGCUCCAACGGCUUCUUUGAUCAGUUGUCAAAUGGCAAGCAAUGUGUCAUCAUCAACUCCGGCCAAGACCAAUAUGGAAGCAAUUUCAGAACACAGGACCGAACCAUCACUGCAAGUCCAAGAAAAGUGUGAAUCAUCUUUAAGUUCCUGUGACGUUUACCUGGGAAGGAAAGAAACUGAUCAGAUCAUAAAAAAUGCGAGCUCUGGCCUGAUUAUUUGCCCGCGCAGCAGCAAAGCUAUCGAGUUGUCAGAAAAUCAACGGUCAAGCAGCAAAGAGUUGAGUAUGGACAUGAGUUCUGGCAAUGACACUGGCAAGUCUCUCACUGCUGAUGACAGUGGCAGCAGUAAUAAUCCUACUACCAAGACUGAAACAGAACUAUUGAGUGGUGGUGCAGCGAAAAUCGUUAGCCUCAACUCUUCACAAGAUGAGGACAGGAAAAUAGUUGAAAGCAUAGCUGCUAAACAGGAUGGUACUCCACAGAGUCCCAAAGCAGCUGACACAGGUAAGCUAGCAGAAGAACAAGGAGGUCAAGAUGAAAUCAACGAAGAAAAGUGUGAAUCAUCUUUAAGUACCUGUGACAUUUGCCCGGAAAGGAAAGGAAAGAGUGAAUCAUCUUUAAGCAUAGCUGCAAAACAGGAGGGUACUCCACAGAGUCCCAAUACUGAAACACAGGAAGAUAAAGGUGUGGGUCAGAAUUCAGACAUUCCACCUAAUGUUAAUUCUGAAUCCCUGGUCAGCGGAGGCAACGGGGGUCCACGACCAACCUCCAGCUAUAUCAAGAACGUUGCUUCACAACUGGUAGACUGCCCACCUGUGGGACAUACAAGGAGUGGGGAAGGAGGAAUUGAUUCAGAUUCAACUCCAAGAAAGGGUUCAGAAACUGGCCAAAAAGAAAGAGUUGCAGAUGACAUUCAGAAUAAUGUGACUGCUGCUCUUGAUUAUCAUGGUGACUCUCAUGCUUUGGAUGAUAACAAUAAGAGCAGAUUGUUCAAGGAAUUGGCACCUGAGGAUGUCAAUGAAAAUACCGAGCAGUUUUACUGUCCUGCAUGCGCGGAAGUUUCUGAUACCAUCAAAUGGUACCAAGGCCUGCAGGCCCUCGUAUCGCAUGCCAAAAACACUGAAGAAGUGGCUAAACUCCACCGGAAAAUCGCACAGCUCUCGCAAAAGAAGUUUGGCAGAAAGGGAACUUCUGAUGGUCCUGCUGGUGAAGUGUCAAGUAAGUGGAAAGGUAUAAGAGAUGAGAAGAAAGAUCGUGAGAUUGUUUGGCCUCCUAUGGUUGUUGUCAGGAAUACAGCAAGCCUUCAAGAAGACGAGAACAAUAAGCGGAUUGGCAUAUCAGAUCAGGAACUCCUUGAUUUGUUCAGCUCAUAUGAAGCUAUUGAGAAGGUUCAACAUGCAUGCAAUUCGAAUGGACAUUGUGGGAUGAGUAUUUUGAUUUUUGAGGGCUCAACAAGAGGCUAUUUAGAGGCAGAGCGCCUUGAUAGACAUUUCGCAGAUGAAGGAACUGGUAGAAAUGUUUGGAAUCGAAGUCCACUCUACCUCCUACGAAGUGGGGAGCUCCAACUUCACGGUUACAUGGCAGAGAAGAAGGACGUGGAUCUCUUCAACCAGUAUUCAACAGGGGAACCCAAGCUGAGAUGUGAAAUCAGAUCAUACCAAGAGAUGAUUGUGAACCGGAUCCGGCAAAUGAGUGAGGACAAUCACCAGAUUAUUUGGCUGAACAACAGGGUAGAUGAAGAACAAAGGCAUGGAGAACUUCUUGAAAAAUCAAAUGGCAUACUGAGGGAGAGCCUGAAAAAGGCAAGGAAGGAGAUUGAUAUUUUGAGAAAGAAAAUUAAAUUGCAGCAUAAACAGAACAUGGAAGAGAUGGAUUUUCAAGAACAAAUUUUCAAGGACAGCCAAGUAAAGAUUAUUCUUGAAGAAAGAGGUAAGAAGGGAGGGGAUCUUAAGAGCUCCAAGAAAGACGAGGAGCAUGAAAAUGUCCGUGAAUCGAAUGGAAGUCCUUCAAGUACUCAGGAUGAAAAAUACAGAGUGCAAGAAACUGCCAAGUUCGAAGAGAAUCAAGUGAAAGAAAAGGAAGCAUCUGACACAGGUCAGCUACUAGAAGAAUAUGGAGGACAAGAUGAACUCAAGGAAGAAAAGUGUGAAUCGUCUACAAGUACCUGUGAGAUUUGCCUGGAAAGGAAACAAACUGAUCAGAUCAUAAGAAAUGACACCUCUGGUCAGAUAUUUUGCUUAGGCUGCAGCAAAACUGUCAAUUUGUCCAAAAAUCAAUGGUCAUGCAGCAAAGAGUUAAGUAUGGACAAGAGUUCUAGAAAUGACGCUGGCAAGUCUCUUACUGCUGAUGCCAGCUUCAGCAAUAAUAACCCAAGUCCCAAUACUGAAACAGAACCAGUUAGUCGUGGUAAAGCGAAAAUUAUUAGUCUCAAUUCAACUCGAUAUGAGUAUAUGAAAAGAGCUGAAAGCAUUGCUGCAAAAGCGGUGGGUAUUCUACAGAGUCCCAAUACUAAAGCACGGGAAGAUAAAGGUGUGGAUCAGAAUUCAGACGUUCCACUUAAUCUUAAUUCUGAAUUGCUGGUCAGCAAUGGAAACGGAGGAGCUUUUAAUGAUAGCAAGAAGAGCAGAUUGUGCAAGGGAGUGGCACCUGUGAAUGUCAAUAAACCUAUUGAGCAGUUUUACUGUCCUGCAUGCAAAGACGUUUCGGGUGCCAUCCAAUGGUACCAAGGCCUGCAGGCCCUGAUAUCACAUGCCAAAGACACUGAAGAAGGGGGUAAACUCCACCGGAAACUCGCACAUCUGUUGACAACGAACUUCAGCAAAAAGGGAACUUCUGAAAGUUCUGCUGGUGAAGUGUUGAGCAAAUGGAAAGGUCUAAAGGAUGAGAAGAAGGAUCACGAGGUUGUUUGGCCUCCUAUGGUUGUUGUUAGGAAUACAGCAAGCCUUAAAAAAGACGAGAACAAUAAGCGGACUGGCAUAGCAGAUCAGGAACUCCUUGACUUGUUCAGCUCAUAUGAUGCUAUUGAGAAGGUUCAACAAGCAUACAAUUCGGACGGACAUUGUGGUAUGAGUAUGUUGAUUUUUGAGGGAUCAGCUAGAGGCUAUUUAGAGGCAGAGCGCUUGGAUAGACAUUUUUCUGAUCAAGGUACAGGUAGAAAUGUUUGGAAUCGAAGUCCACUCUACCUUCUACCUAGUUGGGAGCUCCAACUUCACGGUUACAUGGCAGAUAAACAAGACGUGGAUCUCUUCAACGAGUAUUCAACAGGUAAACCCAAGCUGAAGUAUGAAAUCAGAUCAUACCAAGAUAUGGUUGUGAGCCGAAUCAAGCAAAUGAAGGAGGACAAUAACAAGCUUAUCUGGCUGAACAACAGGGUAGCUGAAGAACAAAGGCGUGCACAACUUCUUGAAGAAUCAACUGGCAUAAUGAGGGAGAGCCUGGAAAAGGCAAUUAAAGAGAUUGAUGUUUUGAGAAAAAAAUUAAAUUGCAGCAUGAACACAUGAUGGAAGGGGUAAUGGUUUUAAAUUAAAAUGGCCACUCUAGUGUUGUUCUUAUAUUUUUUAUUACCGCUAAUUUAGCAGAUUGUAUCUGCCAUACCCGUAAUGUGGAUGAAGGUUUGUAAGAUGUGUUAAAUUUUUGAAUGAGUAAAUAUUAAUUUAGUCCUAGCUUUUUUAUCAA